ACCCGCCAACUGGCGAAAUAAUUUGCGAUUAGCAUUGCUCAGUAUCUCGAUCUCUGAUACAGGCGGACGCCAAACCCUAGACCCUUCCUUUUCCGGCGAUUCUCCGGCGACCGAAGUCGACGAUAGAGAAAUAUGAGUUCUGGUUGCCCAUUUUCCAAAUCAUCUUCUGCUGGCAUUUGCCCCAUGAAGAUUGACAACCAAACUGUCCAACAAGCAAGGAAUGGAGGUGAAAAUGAGGAGCAUAAGGAUUCGGGAACAAUAUCGCCAAAAUGCCCCUUUGGAUAUGAUUCAGAGACAUUCAAGCUUGGUCCUCUGAGUUGUAUGUUGUGCCGGGCCUUACUUUAUGAAAGUAGCAAAUGUGUGCCCUGUGCCCACAAAUUUUGCAAGGUAUGCGUAUCACGGUUUAAGGACUGUCCUUUAUGCGGCGCUGACAUUGAGAAAAUUGAGCCUGACGAUGAUCUUCAGACUACAGUUGAUAAAUUUAUUGAUGGUCAUGCUAGAAUCAAGCGCUUUCAAGUGAGUGAAGAUUCCAAGGAAGUAGGAAAUGAGCAGAAUAAUGUCAUAUAUGGUGAUGUUUCUAUGGAAAGAGGUGCUUUUUUGGUGCAACAAGCUAUGAGGGCUUUUCAUGCAAAGAAUUUAGAAAGUGCUCAAUCAAGGCUUAAUAUCUGUGCUGAAGAUAUACGUGAGCAACUACAAACGCAAGGGAACACCCAAGAACUCUGCUCGCAGCUUGGGGCUGUCCUUGGGAUGAUGGGGGACUGCUGCCGAGCUUUGGGGAACACUGCAUCGGCUCUGAAGUACUAUGAAGAGAGUGCUGAAGUUCUUUCCAAGCUUCCUGCGAAGGAUUUAGAGCUAGUGCACACUCUUUCUGUUUCCUUAAACAAAAUAGGUGAUCUGAGGUACUAUGAUGGUGAUCUUGAAUCUGCGAGAACUUACUAUACUCGUGCUUUGGAUGUUCGUCGUGAUGCAAUUAAAGAGAAGUCCAACGUGUCGUCCCAGAUUGUCGAUUUCGCGGUUUCCCUCGCGAAAGUUGCCGAUGUGAACCGGAGUUUACGCAACGAAGAUGCUGCAAUCAAAGGAUUUCAGGAAGCGAUACACCGCCUCGAAUCAUUAAAAUUGAAUUCCAAUGAUGCUGUUUUAGAGCAACGGCGCCUCUCUGUGCUGCAGUUUUUGCACACUCAGAUUACAGACAAACAGAGCUCUGUUCCAAAUUCUUCUGCCUGAGAACCAGAAGCGCCUGCAUGGUAUGUCUGCAAACAUUUUAAACAUUUGAUGCAUUGUGCAUUGUAUAAAGUUUCUCUUAUGUUAAUAAUGUGCAUAUGUAGUUGAUAUUAUCACUGUUAUUUCUUUCGGAUUCUUCCUUUUCUGAUGAGAUUUAAUAAGCAUAGAUACCAUAUCUUAAAUAUCAACUUAGUGCAG